AUGGUUGGAUGGAGUGGAUCGUGCAGUCCAACCUCCCGCUUGCAUUCUGCGAAGCCGUACACCAACCUCGACCCCAUUUCCGGGGAGACGCUGCGUGCGGGUAUGGAAGGCGUGACACGCGAGGUCGAGCGGAAGAUCGCUGCUGAGCUUCCCGCGCGCUUUGGAGUUAUGUUUGACGGGUGGACGCAUGCUUCAGAGCAUUACGUGGCCUGGUUUGCGUGCGACGAGGUCAACGGGGUACUAGUUACCCCGUUGUUGGCUAUGGCUCCACUCAUCAAUGAGCCGGACGAUAAUCUCUCCGCCAGGUCGCACUACGAGUUCCUGGCGACGAUGUUGCCAAGGGACUACGGUGUCCAGAUCGACCAGUGCCGCUUCGUUGUCGGUGACAACUGCUCCGUCAACCGUUCGCUUGCUAUCCUCAUGAGGGUGCCGCUAGUGGGGUGUGCUAGCCACCGGUUGAACCGAGCAGUGCAACAUUACCUACUUCAACAUGAAGAAGAUUUAGCAGCGGUACAGGCGCUGAUGAUCAAGCUAAAGACGCUCACUCAGUCUGCAAAACUGCGCCAAAAAAACUGA